CCCUAACCCGGACUAGACUAGCUGCAUCAUUGCCGCUUCGUCGCGACAUCAAACUGCCGGAGCAAAGUGCCACCCAUCAGACAUCACAACUCUACAGUUGACCUCCCCUCCCCGCCAGAACCGCAUGUUACGCCAAACAUGGGGGACGACGACUACACUGUAGCAGGCGGCAAAGGCCUACGUCUCAAGGGCGCCAAGGUCAAGAAGAACAAGAAGAAGAAGACCGAAGGCAGCAAGGCAGCCGACAAGGUGACCGAGCUGGACAAGGCGCUUUCGGCCGACAAGCGCAGCGACAAGGACGCCGACGCAGCGGAUGGAGACGACGAACAGGCACCCGCUCGUCAAGACGAAGAAUACGCGCCGUUGCGCCGAAAGACUGAGACGGAGCGACGCUUCGAGGAGGCAAAGAGGAAGAAGCUUCUCGAAAUGGCACAGUCCGCGGCCGCCAAGCCAGAACUGCUGAAAACACACAAGGAAAGAGUCGAGGAGCUCAAUACAUAUCUCUCGAAACUCAGCGAACAUCACGACAUGCCAAAGAUUGGUCCUGGAUAGACAGGAGCCCUGUUUUUUUUUUUUUUUUUUAACUUUUUUCGUUGUUCUAUUGUGACUUGUACAUAUACACGGUUGGAAACGGCGUUAUUCUGGAGUUUGGAGCCGGCUGAACGUGGGUUCGGCUAGUAUGAUAGUUUGCAAAAUACGACCAAUAUGAACUUUACCACAUAGCUACUUGAGACGAG